GGGCUUGUUUAGCACCGCGUACACAGCGAGAAACUCCUACCCAUGCCAGCGAGUUGCCUCACGUCUAUCACUGCGGGGGCAGACGGGAUCGGACCAAACUUUUGAGAGCUCAGCAACAUGCCAUCUUUCCCCAUGUACGAGUUUGCGGACCUGGAGGAGAUGAUGUGCAAGCAGCUACUGAAUCUGGACCUGAGGGAGCAGAGCCGACCGCUACCACCCCAGAGUCUGGCAAUGAGAACAACAGGUUGCAUUGGUCAGACACGUAGCAACAUGUCGUUUUCACUGUCAUCCCUCUCCUGCCUCCCCACGGAUCCUUCAGAUGGUGCAUUACUGACCUCCAGCCAAUGGGGGCAGCAGUCAGAAAGCCCUCUGCCCUCCCAGCUUGCUAAUUCCACCCAGUGGGGGAAGUCGGGCUUCCUCUCCCAGCGCUCCAUCAGCAUGGUGGAGACCAGCAGCACCACAGCAGUGAGUCUUGGCUGGCCCGGGACUGACGUAGCGCUCUCCCAAAAUGACAUCAGCCCCACCGCACUGAACACUAGCUCAUCCUCAUCGUCCUCUUCCUCAUCACGCUAUAAGACUGAACUGUGUCGAUCUUUCACCGAGAGUGGCUUGUGCAAGUAUGGUGGGAAGUGCCAGUUUGCCCACGGGACAGACGAGCUGCGGGAUCUUAAUAGACAUCCGAAAUACAAAACGGAGCCGUGCCGUACGUUUCACACCAUCGGUUUCUGCCCCUAUGGGAUACGCUGCCACUUUGUCCACAACAACGAGGAAGAAAAGAAACACGCCACUCGUUCCUCCACGUCCUCUUCCUCCUCCGCAAGCAUUCCCCAGCAGCCAUCUUCCUCCUUCCGCUCGCACAGACCUCCCCUCGUCAGACAGAGCUUCAGUUUUGCAGGGUUCCCCUCUGCGCCCCAGCAAGCCCUUCAGCCUGCCCCUAAUGCUCACCCUCGGCCUGCCACAGCCUCUUUCACACGUGCUCCAUCGGCCUCUCCUCCCUCCUGCGCUGACAUUACUGACCUCCUUUCUCAUGCCUUCCUGGAGGUGGACUCUGCCUUCGAGGCCUCCCCUGCCCACCAGUACCAGCCCAUCAUGGGCCAGGCCACUGCAGGAGAUCCCAGGUCUCCAUUCCUUCCCUCCCCAGACUCCGGCUGUUCUCCAUGUGGGCUGUCUCCGAAUGCCUCCCCUUCCCUGCGGCUGAGUCCCAGUACUAUUGGGGUGUUUUCAGGGCCACUUGGUGCCCGAUCCCUGUCCUACACCUCUCUGUGCGACCAGGACCAGGAUGGAAGCAGCUCUGCGAGCUCCCUCAGUGGCUCCGAAUCCUGUGGCGGCAUUAGCGACGUCAACGGCAGACGCCUGGCCGUAUUCAGCCAGUUCUCUGUUCCUGAGGAUUCUACAGGGUUCUGCCUUUAGGCCGCAGUGUGCUGCGAACACAAACAUACAUAUUUGCAUACACUCAGACACAAACAUGCAGACCCAGCGUACUCUGACACACAUUAUAUUCCGUACACACAUAUCCAUGCUCAAGCACACACAAUGCUCACACACAAGAACCCUAUAAAUGCACGCACCCCCUCACACACACACACACACACACACACACACACACACACACACACACAGCACCUGGACUGACACCUCAGAUGUUCCUUGCACCUGCGUGGCAUCAAAGGAAACAAAGACUGACUCGAACGCACAGAGAGAUCCGCCUUUUAGAUUCAUGUGGUUGAAAUGUCACAGUCAUAUGUGUAAGGGAAGCGGCAGUGAUGCUGAAACUGAAACGUGUGGCGCCACCAAAACAGAGUACAUAUCAAGACAGGAGUGAAAUAGUGCCAGAAGUGGUCGAUGCUUCACCAAAAUAGUGUUUAAAAAAUCGAAUUGCGACAAAGAUAGUGUGAUCACAGUGUGAUUGGCCACAGUGCCGCCUGUUGUUGUGUCCAACCACAUUAUUUCUGUUACACCUGAGUGAUCUGAAGAACGUGAUGAAGCCAAAGACAUCUUUUGUAACUCAAAGGUUUUGAUUAUGGUGGCACAAACACACAAUGUAGGAACUUGUUUUCCACUAAUUGUACACAGUAUUGUGCUUAUAAGCUGGUGAAAGUAUUUUUUUCCUCAUAACUCUACAGUCUGAGGUAAAUUAUGACCUCAAACCUGAAUGUUAAGUUUUUUUAAAACAACUAAAGUGCCUGUUGCAUUAUUUGGCAGGUCAUGUGUUAAAACAAGAUUUGCUGGUUUGUUGGGAGAGAUGUUUGGAGGGGUGUGAGUCUUUUUAUUUAGUCAAGUAAGGUUGUGUGAGUUCAGGUCCCUCUUAAGUGUUCUUGAGUCUCACAUGCAUUAUUGACAAACUGCCACCAGUUAAAUGCCAAGCGACCAAAUUUAACCUGCCCAAUGGGAGGAGCGAGGGGGACUCGGUUUGAGAUCAGUGAAAAAAGCCAAGUGGGUUCAAUCAUACUUAAUCAAAUCUCAUGUUCAUGACAUAUAACUAACUGUAUGACUUGCCCACUGCAAAAAAAGAGGACAUGGGAAUUUUAGGGGCUUUGAUAGGUGAAGUGUGCCAGCAUAAAUAGAAGGUAUAAGAGAAACUCCAUCAAUGUUAAGACAAAAAAAACCCUGAGUUAAAGCAGGUCGUGUUUCAUGCAAGUCCUGUUUUACCUCUGGUGUUCUUCCCAAUCAAUUGUGGUGCUAAUAUAUGUAUUUUAGAUUAUCUUAAACACAAACAUUCCCAAUAGUGGGAUUCAUUUCCUCCCUUGUCCACUGGCAGCACUGGUGAUACAUUUUCAAAAUGAGUAUUUAUGUUUUUGUGGCUCGCCCCGCCAAAUUCCAUCUCUCCCGCAGUAAUAAUUCUUCCUGUUUCGCCUUUGUACUGUUACGAAUGUGUAGUGUUCCUGGGCAUGUGAACCGUGUGCCCAGGUCUGUUGCCUUACUGAGCUAGAUCCAGCAUUCUGUAGGGUUAGGGUAUGUCUGCUUAGUGUUAUAGAAAUGUUACUCGGCAGUUAUGUGUGUUUAUGAAGUAGUUGGUUAGAGGAACAGACGCUGCGCUGUUACUGGUCUAUUUAAAAUUGCCUUUUCAUCAACAUGUUUGAGGCCUGUUUAGUGUUAAAGGUGAUAAUCUUUAGUACAUUUCUUUAAUUUAUUUUAACGUAUUUAUAGAGAACUUUGAGUUGGUAAUGCUUGUAUCAAGUUUAAUAUAUUUGGUUU